AUGGAGAACGAGCAGCUCCCAGCACCUCCGCCCUCCAGCAGCGCCGGCGGCACCGCCACGACGCCCAGCAGCACCGGCACCGCCCGCCCGCCUGCUCCCCAGAUCUCCGUCUACAGCGGCAUCCCCGACCGCCAAACCGUCCAGGUGAUCCAGCAAGCGCUGCACCGGCAGCCCAACACAGCAGCACAGUACCUGCAGCAGAUGUACGCGGCGCAGCAGCAGCACCUGAUGCUGCAGACGGCCGCGCUCCAGCAGCAGCACCUCACCAGCGCCCAGCUCCAGAGCCUGGCCGCCGUCCAGCAGGCGAGCCUGGCGGCAAACAGGCAGAGCGGCUCUUCAGGUGGUAACGGCACCCAGCCGGCACCCACACAGCAACCCACGAUCAACCUGGCGACGUCACCGGCGGCCGCACAGCUCCUGAACCGGGCGCAGAGCGUCACCCCCGGGGCCUCGGGCAUCGCGCAGCAGGCUGUGCUGCUGGGCAACGCUGCCUCACCCGCCCUCACUGCCAGCCAGGCCCAGAUGUACCUGCGGGCGCAGAUGCUCAUCUUUACGCCUACGGGCCCCGUCAGCGCCGUCCGGCCCGAGAGCCCCGCACCGGCACCACCGCCAGCA